CCAGGAUUCCCUCAAGGUGGACAGCAGUAUCCAGGGGGAUUUCCACCUGCAGGCCCAGGGGGAUUUCCUGGAUAUCCAGGUUUCCCAGCACCAGGGCAGCAAUACCCAGGUGCUCCAGUGCCAGGGCAGCCUGACCCAAAAGCAGCCGAUCAGUCAAGUCCAACACCACCAGCUCCUUUUCCAUCAGCUCCUGCUGGCCCACUGAAAUUACCACAUACGUUGCCCCUGUCAUCAGGAAUUAUGCCUGGCUUGGUGCUGAAUAUUCAAGGCGUGGUGAACCCUAAUGCUAAAAGGUGGGCUAUUGAUAUUAAAAACGGCGAUAAUAUUGUUUUACAUUUCAACGCACGUUUCGAUGAGAACCCCCCUGCAGUGGUGCGUAAUUCGUACAUCCAAAAUCGGUGGGGAUCUGAAGAACGGGGAAUACCCAAGUUUCCAUUUCAGAAGGAACGUCCAUUUACGAUGCAAAUCAUUGUUGAACAAGACCAUUAUCGCAUUGUCGUCAACAAUGAAACCUGCUGCCAUUAUAAGCACCGAAGCCGUGAUUUUCAACAGACUAAAGCUGUGGUCUUUGGCGGUGAUUUCACCUUGAAUGGGGCUACUGUAGGAAUGAUGUAA